AUGAAGUGGGAAGAAUAUUUCCCCAGUAUACCCUUAGUGCAGCCACCACACUACAAAGCAGAAGUUCUCUGUUGCCCAAAACCAACAACCGUUUGUGAUUAUUUGUUCCGGAGGCAAUCAGAAUGUCACAACAGAAAUCAAUACAAUACAUGCUUUUGGAUGUUAGUGAAAUCUGGAGAAGGUGAAAACAAAGCUAAGGAGAUACUGAAGGACACAUUACCAAAGGACAAGAACGAGUUACUUUUUCAACGAUUUCAAAUGAACUACAACAAUGAACCGGCUAUGUUUCGAAAGGGUUCAUGUGCUUACCGUCAAAAGGUGGGAGAAUUUGCAGAGGUGGAAGCCAAUGGUGAUGUUGUUACAAGAGAGCGGUGGGAUGUGGCGGUGGCCCACGUAGACAUGGGGCCAGACUUUUGGAGAAAGCACCCUUAUGUUUUCAACAGAUGA